AUGGCUGACAGCAACUUCCCCUACCAUCGCGAGGAGCCUGUCAGUGCGCGACACCAAGCGGAACGUAACAAGACCUCAAAGCCGUCCGAGCCCGGUAGCAAUCAUGCAUUCAGUCCCAAAGGAUUGCCCUUGGAGACUCCUGAACAGUUCCAAGCCCUUAUGCAGCUCGGUCAACAGAAUCCAAACCACAGCCCAGCUUGGCCCAGUCUGGACUAUCUUUUUGAAGAGAAUGCACGUCUCCAGUCAGAGAUUCGUUCUCAGAUUCGUUCCAGCGAACAGCGCGCUUCGGACAAGGCAACCCGCGAUGCGAUACGGGUACAACUUGAGCGUGUCAAGAAGAUGGAGAUCUCGAAGCGACCCGUGAGCACCAAGGCGGAAGAGACAGGUCAAGAGAAGAGAACGUCGGCACCGUCAGUCCUUCCUACUGAUCCUCACGCGCGCUCGCGACCACAGUGUGUUGCUGUAUUGGCAGACGAACGCAAAUCUCCACAGAGCCAGGCCUCACACGACAUCACCAGAUCGCUCGGUCACCGAAACAAAAGCCACCCCACUCCGCCAGGCCUCAGUGGCAAUGAUCAUUCUCCUCCGCAUGAUCGCGAUGAAGCUCAGGUUACAACAACAAGUCCUGAGAACAUCGCAGCUGUUGCCAAAUCGCCGAAGUUCAAGGAUGAUACCAGCCAGGCACAGUCAGGCAAUGCAUGCGCAGGACAAGCGAUCGAGUGGCCGCAGCUUGAAACGUGUGUUGAAGGGUGCGAUGAGAAAGAUUGGACUCCGCCGUGA